AUCGACUAUAAAAGCUCCCUGUUUCGAGUGCCUUUUCAUAUCACCAUCACUCACAUUCAAAUGCCUCUCAAAACUGGAAAUUACUUGAUCUACGCCGAUCGCCCCGACGUUAGCGGCCAGCUCAUUGCUCGUCGCCAAAAUGAUGAUUCGGACGGAACAGCUGAACCCAAGGCAGUCGUCAAGCAUGUCAGGCCUAUUCCGCCUGAGUUUGCAGUGUGGCAGGUCAAGGAACUUAUAGGAGGCAAACCCAACACAUAUGGUUUAUUCAACCGGAGUGCCUACGCCACUCAGAUCGACAAGUUCGUGUGGGCCGUCUUGAGGAGGGAAGAUGCACCCCCUGAGGAAUGGAUUAUUGAACCUGCACCUGACCGACCUGACAGAUACACUAUCGUGGCCAGUAGUAACGGUUCGGCGUGGUACGUGCCCGGAGGGGAACAACAUCAUAUUUUUUGCACUCCUUUGGGUGAACCGUCCGUGUUCCAGUUUGUUCACAUUGAGGACUGAGAUAUAGGAUGUUACUCAUACGCUUGGAAGUUUUUUGAAUGAAUAAAUGAAUGAAUGUAGUGGUUGUUGGAGUUGUAGCGUACUGUAGUACUAGUCGUGUACAUUGAUCCUGAGAAAUUGAUGUUUAAUGGACUUACGUUGCACACCGC